AGAGAAACAUAACACAAACACGAUGAGUCAAACCAUUGGAGUAGGAGUAUUUGGACUGCUUUUCUUAACUUUGGCAAACUGCCAGGUGAUCCGAGUGGAGGCAGAUACAGCGAACUACGGACCCGUCUCCAUGGUGGUGGACAACCUGGCGGAGAUCGCCGUAGAUGUCAGCGACGACACCACCGCUCAGUUGGGGGGCAAAAUCAAUCGCACUCAGCAGGAUAUCGCCGGGAACAUCGAGGUCCUGACCGCCAAUGCCUUGGCCCAGUUGAGUGACGUGAUCUUCGAGACCAACGAGAUGAUGGUGGCCAAUCCCGACUGCAAUGUGGCCUGGAGCUUGGACGACCUAAACGAGAAUGUGACACAGCAAGUGGGUGGUUGCACGGGCGGCUUGGGGGACCUCUUGGAGAACUUCCGCCUGGAGGGCCAGAUGGCUUUGGAGAGGGUCCAGGAGUUCGUGCAGGAGAUUGGCCAGUUGCCGGCCAAGUGCCAGAUGUUGGGCGCUUCCCCACUCAAUCCUCUGGCCCCGGCGGGUGGCAGUGUGUGCUUCAUCAACGCCAUGGCGGAGAUCAACAAGGGAAUGGCCCAAUCCCUGCACAAUGCCUCCCUGCUCCUGGUGCAAACCCACCAGACCACCGAGGAGCAAGUGGAGCAGGCCCAGCGGUGCUGCGCCACUGUGGUCCAGCAGGUGGGCGACUAUCUGCACGAGGAGCAGGAUCAGUGCCAGCAGCAGUGAGGCCUUCCUGUGAGCAAUUGUCCUUGCUGAGAGCAAAUUUAUGCACCCACAAGAUGACAGGGACCGAGGACUCGCCACAUCCUGUCCACUUAUUGCUUAUGCAUGACAUUUAUUUGACAAGUUUUUGAUUGAUUUUACAGCUGCUGCUGCCGAUCUGGUGCAGCUAUCUGCAUAUUCGGAGGCACAGUGGAACAGCCCUACAAUGAACCUUUUUUUUGGAUUUGAAAAAUCAUUAUAUUGCUAUGUUUUAAGUUGUAAGUUAAAGUUCAAGUGUGUGCGUUUUCACCUUCGAUUUUAAUAAGAGCUCACUUAAAGUGCUGUUUUUUUAAAUAUUAACGAACUUCUCCUAAAAAACUAUACAAAUAUUAUGUUCAUUUAUUUUUAUUUUUAAAUUAAAAUCUUUAGGCAUAUG